AAUUUCCAAUAUUUGUUUUCUUUUUUGAUAGGGCUCAGGAAAAACAAGUAAUGGAAUCAAGAAUUGUUUGAAAAAAUAGCAAGUAUGAGAUAGGUUUUAUAUUUAGUGUAUCGAUAAGUGUAUAAAAUAUGCCGGGGUGGUACUAUGAUAAGAAAGAACUACGUAACACUCCAUCCGCAGCGGAUGGAAUUGACUAUAAAACCGAAAUGAGAUAUCGAAAAAAAGGUGCUAGAUUUAUUAUAGAUACCGGUAUGGAAAUGGAUUUAGGAUAUAAUACGACUGCAACAGGAGUUGUAUACUUUCAUCGAUUUUACAUGUUCCACUCGUUUAAACAAUUUCCAAGAUAUGUUACUGCGUGUUGUUGUCUGUUUUUAGCCGGAAAAGUUGAAGAAACGCCAAAGAAGUGCAAAGAUAUUAUACGAAUUGCCAAAACAAACCUAGACGAUCUGAAAUUUGCUACUUUUGGUGAUGAUCCUAAAGAAGAGGUAAUGAUAUUAGAGAGAAUAUUGUUACAAACUAUUAAAUUUGACUUGCAAGUGGAGCAUCCGUAUCAGUAUCUUUUGAAAUAUGCCAAGUGUCUCAAAGGAGACAAAGCUAAACUCGAAAAAAUGGUUCAAAUGGCAUGGACGUUUGUUAAUGAUAGUUUAUGCACGACUCUCUGUCUCCAGUGGGAACCAGAAAUUAUUGCCGUUGCACUAAUGUACCUCGCGGGAAAACUGAGUAAAUUUGAAGUUGUUGAUUGGGUUGGGAGAACACCUAAACAUCUCCGAUGGUGGGACAUGUUUGUUGAAGACGUAACAAUGGAUUUAUUAGAAGAUAUUUGCCAUCAAGUACUAGACCUGUACUCACAACCUGCCACAAAAUCACCAUCACAAAGUCCCCCGCCCCCGGGCCAAAGAUCGGCGCGACCCCCUUCCCCCACCACACCGCAGAACAAUCGCAACGGCAACGGAAACGAUAAGCAGGCGAUGUCGCCCGAGACGCCCUCUAUCCCCCCGAUCAACACUAAGAUCCCCCCUCCGUCUGACAUACCACAGUUUCCCUAUCAGACGUUCACCAACGUUCCGCCACCGCUGGCGUCGUACGUGAGCGCGCCGCCACAUUUGGCCGGACCGCCGCCGCCUCCGCCCCACCUUGCGGGGCCACCGCCCAACGUGUUUCCCUCGUUCGUGUCGCACCCGCCGCCGUUUCCGCCUGUAGUGCCGCCCAACGCACCGCCGCCGCCCUUUUAUCCUAACGGCCCGCCGCCCCCGGCUCAGCCUCACAAUUCGCGCCGGCCUUAUUUCCCGCAUCCGCCUACUUAAUGUCGUUAGGAAAAGCUGUAUCUUUAUCGAUAUUAAAUUUUUUACAGUACAAA